AUGUAUAGCGACGACGGAACGACAUCAUCUGAUGAUCCAUCUCCUGCAGCUGGGAGGAAGGAGUGGUCCCGCAAGAACGAGCAUCUUCUGAAGGGAACGGAGAAAAGAAGGAACAUCUACAACAGCACGCUUCGGGCAACUCGACAAGGCACACGUUCCCUGCUGCGUGCCUACGCUCUGGCCGUUCAGGGACGCGAACACGACGACGACGCGCGGCAUUCGGCCUACAGCGCGGUCCUGGAGGCGCACGAGGAAGAAAACCGUCUGGCGGAAGCGGAGGCAGCUGCGUUAGUUGCGGCGGCCGCUGCGGCAUCUGGUCAUCCGCUGCUGGCCAACCCCGUGGCCGGAAUGUUCCCCAUGGGGAUGCUACAAUCCAUGGGCAUCCCGCUUCAAAUUCAAAUCCAGCCCCGCCAAAACUGGCCUCCAGGAGUACCAUUUAAUAUUAACGACGUCCAGCCUGAGCGACUCAACCCACAUGACCAACUGCGUCUGGCACUGCUACACCACCACCAUAACGUGCAGCAAAUGCAACUAAACCACCUGUCCAACGAACCGCUUUCUGAGCAGGAAAGAGAGGAGCAGCAGCUGCAGCUGCUGCAGCAAAUGCAGCUGAGCCAGCUGCAGGGGCAGCAGCGGCAAGACGGAGAAGAAAACCCCGGGGAGCCCGGGGCCCAGCAGCAAGAACAACAACAACAACAAUAUCAGCAGCAGGAAGGCAGCAUGAUGCACAUGAUGCUGACGGAUGUACCCCCUAAUACCAGCACCCUUCCUGGCUGGGCCCCCGGGGCCCUCCAGCCACCCACGGGGGGUAAUAACCCAGCGGUAAAUAAAGCAUCCAAGACUACAGCUGCUGCUGCUGCUGCUGCCGCGCUAGGGCAACUAGGGCUUCCUGCGAUGCCGGCUGCGUUUUCGGAAACCGCAGGAGGGGGCUGCGUCAGUUUCCCCAGCGGCCCCGGUACGCGCCGCGAAGGCCUUUUCGAAUCCGACGGCGAGGACCAUGGCAGCCCGAAUCCGCCAUCACCCGCGCGGUCCGGCUCGCCAAGCGGCCGGCGGCCGGCGACCAUGGGGACUGCGCCGCCGCCGCUGUCGCAGGCUCGACGGGCUGGGGAGCCGCAGCAGGACCAGGAGAGGGAGAAGGAGCCGACAUCCGCCGGAGAUGUCAAGCACCCGGCGCAGGAGCAGGAGGGAGAGCCUGAGGUCCAGCAGCGGAUGCAGGCGCUGAAACUUCCACGGCGGUCAUCACGUCAGCAGCAACAACAGCAGCAACAUCAUCAUCAGCAACACCAACAGCUUCUACCGUUGCAGCCGAAACAGAGGCAGCUAGUCAGUGGGAAGGACGAUUCGCUGAUGCUGCUGUUGGCUGCGCAACCCGAAUUGGAUGAGGAGUCCGCGGAAGAGCUGCGGCGGCGAAUAGAGAAGGAGGAGGAGAGGCUUAUUGAUGCCAUGGCCAUGACGGAUAUCCCGCCAUCGCCCUCGCGUAACAUGCAGAAGGGCCUGCAGAAGAAGGUUCUGGAGCUGCAGCGGCAGGUACAGCGGCUACAGGAAGACAAAAUGCGGUUGCUGCAACACGAGGAGAAGCUGCGGCCGCCGCCGCCACCGCCGAAGCCCAGGCCCGAGCCGCCCAAGCCACAAGAGAUUAUCCUUCGGUCUCGCACGCAGCGUAAGAGCGCGCGGGGCGUAGCCCUUGCUACUGCAGCGGUGGCGGCGGCGGAUCUGCAGGAAGAUGAGGGAGGCGAGGAGGCUGUCGAGGAGGACGAGGAGGAGAAGAAGAAGCAACCAGCGCGGCCACCGCCACAGCUGCUUCUGCAGCGAACGAAAGCGGAUGAGGAGCGCGGGCGGGCCGGGCGCGAGAAGCGCAAAUCUGCCAAGGUCAAGCGGCGAGACGCCGAGGGGGCCGAGGAGGAGGAGGAGGAGGACGACGAGGAGGAGGAGCGGCGGGAGGAGGCGGAAGCUGCGGUCGAUGACGAUGGGGAGGAAUGGCGAGAAGAGGACUAUGGGGCGCCGCGGGAGGAAGUGCCGCCACCACCACAACCACCGCUACCGGUGGUGAAUAUGAGUAUGUUUGGCAGGGGCCCCCUCGGACUGACGCCAUCUCUCGGGCUGCCGCCGGUGGGGGAUCCCGCUGCCUAUGCGGGCCUUCUGGAAGGUCUGGGCCGCUCUGGGGCCCUCCCCGACCUGCCUAUGGUGGUCCUGCGUCCGCCGGAUGGUGGUCCGCCCGUUCUGUGCCUCGCCGUGCCCAUAAGCACCCUCAGUCCGGGAGAUGUACCCAUGGGGGCCUUGCCCAUUGGCGACUUGCCGCGCGGCAGCACCUUGCCUCCCGUGGGAACCCUGCCUCUAGGUGGCUUGCCCAUCGGCAACAUCGCUGCCGCAGCAGCCGCUGGCUGGCCGCCGCCGCAGCAGCCGCUUCCACCGCCGGGACUUCCGUUUGGCCCCGCCAUGGCCGUGGCCGGUUUGUUUGGAAGCGGCGAGGAUCGGCCACCGCAGCUGCAGCAUGGACCGCACCUUGCCCGCCAUGGCCCGGUGGCCGAUGGAGGAGGAGGAGCGGUCACUCGCGCCCGGGCACGCGGCCCGGGGCAGGGUCAAAGCCAGGGUCAAGGCUUUGAGGCAUUGGCAGCGGCCGCAGCAGCCGCCGCCGCCGCCGGCAGCUCGGGGCCUUCAAACAGCAGACGACCUGGAGACCGGCCGUCCGGCGCUGCAGCUGCUACAACUCGCGGCAACAGCGGCGGCGCUGCCACAGACCCGAGCAGCUCACAGGGUUACGGUCAGGGCCAAGGACAAGCACAAGGCCAUGAGCGAGGUACGCGGGCGGCGCCUGGUUCGUCACAGGGCACCGCCGCUACUGCUAAGGGCGACAGUGCCGGAGGGCAGGGUGGUGAUGGACCGCCAGGUGGGCGCUGGGCCGUGGCGGCGGCGCCGGCUAACAGCGGCGGUGGCGGAGGCAGUGCCAGGGAGGGUGGCCGGUUUGCGAAGGGAGUACCUCGCGGGGGCGGUUCUUUCACCGGCGGGAGAGACGUGGUGAGCAGCAAGGCGAUGAGCAGUCCUGAACAGGCCGCCGCGAUUUUGCUGGCGGCGGCAGCGGGCUCAGGCGGCGGUGGCGGUGCAGGUGCGGGAACUGGAAGAUUCCGCAAGGUGCCCGGCGCUGGCGCAGGUGGCCCGUCUCGAGGACAGGCAGCACCCGGCGGCGGAGGGGGGCAGCAGUGGAGUGGGCCGCAGGGUAGCGGCCCGGCGGCGGAGGCGGAUGGCAGUGAGAACGAGGAAGAUCCGCAACCUGCCGCUGCGGAUCGCCGUAUGGCGCGGCUGCCGCCGGCGGCCGCCUCGGCUUCUAGGGAGCAGAGGAGGGGUGAGGCGUCCCGUGCGGUUCCCCCCGGUGCAGACGCCGACGGAGGCCACGUCGGCGUUGGCGAGGGUACACGUGGGCCAGGUGGCGCGCGUGGGGGGCCCGGCGGGGGCGGGGCCGCCGCAGCAGGUCGAGCCGGCGAUGUUGGCGAUGACGCAGGCGCGAGUAGUGACGAGGACUACAGCGACAAGAGCAACGAUGUUGGUCCCGGGCCACUGCCAGGCCCCGAGGAUUUCAUGCGGAUGUUCCCGGGGGGCUUUGGGGUUCCGCCGAGACCUCCGUUCUUGCCUGGAGGCGGUCGUGGCAUGGCCCCUUUUAUGGCCCCCUUCAUGGGCCCAGCCUUCGACCGGGCAGCAGGCGGAAGGCCACUUGGGCCCGAUGAAUACGGCGUCGAUGCAGCGCUUAAUACGGAACGGGCGUAUGCCAACCUGCUUGACGCGUUUCCUGGGGCGGCGCCACGGCGCGGCGGCGGCGGUGGCGGCGGCGGUGGCGGCAGCCUGGGAGCGGCUUCGGGUUUCGGCGGCUUGGGCCCCUCAGGUCCGGGGCGGGCAGGUGCUGGUGUUGGCGGCGGUGGCGGCGCCGCUGGCGCUGGCGGUCCCGGGUCUGGGCCGGCGGCGUGGGCUGCUGCUGCUGCCGCCGCCGCGGCAGCGGCGGCCGCUUCACGGCGUGUCGCUCCACCGAUGCUGCCGCAGCAGAUGCCGGCCCCCGCGCUGCUUGGGCUACAGAUGCAGCUCUUGAUGACGCAAAUGGGGCAACCCGGGCUGAUGCCGCCCGGGCUGGUGCCGCCAGCAUCGGCAUCGGCAUCAACAUGCGAGGAAAAAAUCAUUGGAAAAGUAAACAAUAAGCUGCCUCCAGUCGCCCUUCGCCACUACAGCGCCGCAUAA